GUCAACUUCUCGUACUCCACCAGAACGUCGUAAAAGGUCAGAGCAAGUAAACGGCCUUCCUAAGUCUCGGUCUAGAUCUCCUCGUAAUGCACCUCCGAUGGUCGAGGAAAAGGAAGCAACUGUUUAG